AUGGAACAAAAUCAUCGGUUGAUGCAGUCUAAGAGUAGUUUACUUGAAAAUCCUGAAAGUUAUAGGCGUUUGGUUGGAAGACUCAUCUAUCUAUGUUUCACUCGGCCAGAUUUAUCAUAUUGUGUGCAUGUUUUGUCGCAAUUUAUGCAAAACCCACGAGUUGAGCAUUGGCAAGCAGCACUGCGUGUUGCAAGGUACUUGAAAGGAAAUCCUGGGCAAGGCAUUUUAUUGCGAAGCGAAUGUGAUCUACAAUUGUAUGGAUUGUUUGAUUCGGAUUGGGCAAGCUGUCCUUUGACUCGAAGAUCGCUUACGGGAUGGUUUGUGCUUUUGGGAAACUCUCUAAUUUCAUGGAAGACAAAGAAGCAACACACAGUAUCUAGAUCUUCUCCCGAGGCAGAAUAUAGAUCUAUGGCAAUGACGGUUUGUGAGUUGAAAUGGUUGAAGGGACUUCUACUGGAUUUGGGGGUUAUGCAUACCACACCCAUUAGACUUUACUGUGAUAGUCAAGCUGCAUUGCACAUGGCUAAAAAUUCAGUUUAA